AAAUUAAGGUGGUUUUUUUUUUUUUAAUAAGAAAUACCAAGGUGACUUUUCUUUUUACUUUUUUGAUAAGAAAAUGAAGGUGACUAUUUUGAGUUUUUUGACGGGAAAUUUUGCCAUUGCAUAGACUUGUCUGAUAGAUAAACUUGGUUUAAUUUAGAAAAAUAAAAAGGUAAACCGAAUAUCAGUUCCUCAGGUUUCCCAAUUUUUGGUUCAAUUUUGCUUCUCCAUUUCUCAGAUUACUUGAGUUAAUUUUUUUUUAUCAAAACACUUGCAACACCCGAAGAUCACAGUAUUUCCAAAAUUUCACCAUAAUUGCAAUACAAUCACGAAUUGCUUCGACUCAAAAACCCAAUUAGAGCUGAGAUUGCUUCCUCAAUCAAAUCAAAUAAGAGAUUAAGGGUCUGAUCUGCGCAAAUGUUGGGUUUUCUAACAAUUUCUUGAAAAUCCCAGAUUUAACUAUUUAAGUGGUAUAAUCUUGAUGGUAUAAUCUAUUUUCUCGGAUUUCAACGAGUGAGCCAGUGUAGUCGGAGCACAUGGCAUCAUCAGGUGGUUUGAGGAAUACAUCUGUGGUUGUUCUUGUCUUGGAAUCUGGUGAGGUAUAUAUUGUUGUGAGCUUGUACUCGAGGAGUGACACUCAAGUAAUAUAUGUUGAUCCCACGACUGGAGGACUUUGUUAUUUUGGAAAGCACGGGGUUGACAUUUUCAAGUCUGAACGUGAAGCUGUAGAUUUUGUCACAAAUGGUUCAAAAUGGCUGUGCAAAAGUCAAACAUAUGCCAAGGCAAUUUUAGGUUAUGCUGCCCUUGGAAAUUUUGGUUUGCUGCUUGUUGCGACGAAGUUAGCUGCUAGCAUUCCAGAUUUACCUGGUGGAGGUUGUGUUUAUACAGUGAUGGAGAGUCAGUGGAUCAAAAUCUCGUUGCAACAUCCUCAAGCUAUUGGGAAAGGAGAAGCUAAGAACAUACUGGAACUGACAGAGCUAGAUAUUGAUGGGAAACAUUACUUUUGUGAGACAAGGGACAUGAGUCGGCCAUACCCUAGUCGGUUUCCCUUGGAUCAGCCUGAUGAUGAGUUUGUUUGGAAUGGAUGGUUGUCCUCCCCUUUCAAGAUUGUAGGGCUUCCUCAACACUGUGUCAUUCUUUUGCAGGGAUUUGCAGAAUGCCGAAGCUUUGGGAGCUUAGGUCAGCAAGAAGGUAUUAUCGCUCUCAUUGCUCGCCGUAGCAGACUGCAUCCUGGUACUCGAUACUUGGCAAGGGGAUUAAAUUCGUGUUCUGGCACAGGAAAUGAAGUUGAAUGUGAACAGCUUGUUUGGGUGCCUAAAAGGGCUGGCCAGAGUGUUCCUUUUAAUACAUACAUUUGGCGGAGGGGCUCUAUUCCAAUGUGGUGGGGUGCUGAAUUAAAGAUGACUGCUGCAGAAGCAGAAAUAUAUGUUGCUGAACAGGAUCCUUACAAGGGAAGUGCAGAAUACUAUGAAAGAUUGAGUAAGCGAUAUGACGCUCGAAACUUCAAUCUGGCCUCUGGUGGGAGCCAGAAGAAAAAUCCUAUGGUCCCAAUUGUGUGCAUUAAUCUACUUAGGAAUGCAGAGGGGAAGUCCGAAUCUAUCUUGGUCCAGCAUUUUGAGGAAUCUUUGAAUUUUAUUAGAUCAUCAGGGAAGCUUCCCUCCACGAGAAUUAUUUUAAUCAAUUAUGACUGGCAUGCAAGUACUAAGUUGAAGGGUGAGCAGCAAACUAUUGAAGGGCUCUGGAGACUCCUCAAAGGACCUACAAUAACCAUAGGUAUAAGUGAAGGGGAUUACCUUCCUUCACGUCAGCGUAUAGGCAACUGCAGAGGUGAAGUGAUCUGCACUGAUGAGUUUGAGGGUGCAUUUUGCUUAAGAUCUCGCCAAAAUGGAGUGUUACGUUUUAAUUGCGCUGAUUCUUUGGAUAGGACAAAUGCUGCUAGUUAUUUUGGAGCGUUGCAAGUGUUUGUAGAACAAUGCAGAAGACUGGGUAUAUCGCUUGACAGUGAUAUGGCUUUUGGUUUCCAGUCAGUGGAUAACUACAGUGGGUAUACUGCGCCUCUUCCACCUGGCUGGGAAAAGCGCUCUGAUGCAGUGACAGGGAAGUCGUAUUAUAUUGAUCAUAACACUAGGACGACCACAUGGAACCAUCCAUGCCCAGAUAAACCUUGGAAGAGAUUUGAUAUGACAUUUGAGGAGUUUAAGAGGUCAACUAUAUUAUCACCAGUAUCUCAACUUGCGGAUUUAUUUUUGAUUGCUGGGGAUAUACAUGCUACACUUUACACUGGUUCUAAAGCUAUGCACAGCCAGAUACUCAACAUAUUUAAUGAGGAAGGUGGCAAGUUUAAACAAUUAGCUGCAGCACAAAACAUGAAGAUCACUUUGCAGAGAAGAUACAAAAAUGCUGUCGUAGAUAGUUCUCGCCAAAAGCAGUUGGAGAUAUUUCUUGGAAGGAGGCUGUUUAAGCAUCUUCCGUCAAUUACACUUUUUCCUUUGCAUGUAUUGUCUCGACCACCCGCUUGCUUUCUUAAGCCUGUUCCAAGCAUUUUUCCGAAUUCUAGUGAUGGUGCAGGUCUUCUGAGUUUCAAGAGAAAAGAUCUGGUCUGGGUGUGCCCCCAGGCUGCAGACGUAGUUGAACUUUUCAUUUAUCUUAGUGAGCCAUGCCAUGUUUGUCAGCUUCUUCUCACUGUCUCACAUGGUGCAGAUGAUAUGACAUUUCCUUCCACAGUUGAUGUUAGAACAGGCCGAGACCUCGAUGGACUUAAACUUGUCUUAGAGGGUGCUUCAGUACCUCAGUGUGGAAACGGAACAAAUCUAUUAAUAUCCUUACCUGGAUCUGUUAGUUCAGAAGAUUUGGCUGUGACUGGUGCUGGUGCACGUCUUAAUGGUGCAGAUGCUUCAAUCUUGUCAUUGUUGUAUGAUUUUGAAGAAUUGGAAGGAGAAUUGGACUUUCUUACUCGUGUUGUUGCUCUCACUUUCUAUCCUGCUGCUUCUGGAAGAACGCCAUUAACUCUGGGUGAGGUAGAGGUGCUUGGAGUGUCACUUCCUUGGAAAGGCAUUUUCACUAGUAAAGGCCACGGUGCAGGAUUGCGUGAGAGGGCAAAAAAUUUCCAGAAGCAAACAAACACCAUUUUGUCUGGUCCUAAUGCCAGUGAUCUUGGUGGUGCCUCUUUAUCCAGUGAAAAUGUGCAGCCAAAGGCUCUUCCUAAUUCUUCUUCCAAUGAUUGGUUAGAUCUUUUGACCGGAGAUGGAACUGAUUUGAAUCCAUUUGCUAACCCUGUAAAGGAGCAUUAUGAUGAUCAGGCUGUUUCUGAAUCCUGUCCAUCUCUAGGUGUGGACCCAUCUGAUAAUGGCACCAAGCAGUACAUCAACUGCUUAAAGUCCCUUACUGGUCCACAAAUGACACAGAAAUUAAAUUUCAUGGAUGCCAUGAAGCUAGAGAUUGAACGUCUCCGAUUAAAUCUUUCUGCUGCUGAGCGAGAUAGGGCUCUAUUGGCAGUUGGCACAGAUCCAGCUUCUAUAAAUCCUAAUUUAUUGCUUGAUGAUCUCUACAUGGUAAAAUUGUGCAGAGUUGCAAGUAGUCUUGCAAUGGCUGGACAAGCAGCUCUUGAAGACAAAAUUACCACAUCUAUUGGUCUUGAGACAAGCGAUGAUAAUGCCAUUGAUUUCUGGAAUGUCCCUGGUCUUGGGGAGAGCUGUGCUGGCGGUGUGUGUGAGGUACAUGCUGAAAAUGGGGAACCGAUAGAAAUAUCUAAAGUAAAAUUACAAGUGGAUUCCUCAAUGUCGUUUUUGUGUUCUCAUUGUGGGAGAAAAGUUUGUAAAAUUUGCUGUGCUGGAAGGGGAGCAUUUCUGCUUGCUACUUACAGCACAAGGGGUUCUUUAAGCUCUAAUGGUGUGCAAGGCCGUAGUGGCUCAAGCCAUGGCAGCCAAGUUGAUGUCUAUACUAAUAACAACCAUGUCACCUCCGAUGGGGCCAUCUGUAAACAGUGCUGCAGUGAUGUUGUGCUGAAUGCGUUAGUACUGGACUAUGUCAGGGCCUUGUUGAGCUCUCGGAGAACCGCACGUGUCGGUGCUGCUGCUUUUACAACUUUAGACCAAGUUCUUGGAUCUUCCUUGAAUGAUGGAACUGUUGAAAAGUGUAAACCUGCCAAAGCUCCGGUAUCUGAUAAAGUUCUUGACAACUUAUUCAAUGGAGAGGAAUCUCUUGCUGAAUUCCCAUUUGCAAGCUUUCUGUAUUCGGUUGAGACAGGUACUGGAGCAGCUCCCCCUUUGUCAUUACUUGCUCCUUUGGAUUCAGGGCCACAUCAUUCCUAUUGGAGAGCUCCUUCAAGCUGCAGUUCCGUUGAAUUUGCCAUUGUUCUUGGUACCCUUUCAGAUGUUAGUGGAGUAACACUACUGGUUAGUCCAUGUGGGUACUCAGAAGCAGAUUCCCCUACUAUCCAAAUAUGGGCCAGCAAUAAAAUAAACAAGGAAGAAAGGUCAUGCAUGGGAAAGUGGGAAGUGCAAGCUUUCUUGCAGUCUUCACCAGAGUAUUACGGACCAGAAAAGUCUGAUGUCGUUGGAGCUGCUCCCCGGCACAUCAAGUUUUCCUUCAGGAAUCCUGUUCGGUGCCGCAUCAUCUGGAUAACGCUUCGCCUUCAACGAGCUGGUUCAGCUUCUGUGAAUUUUGGAAAUGAUUUCAAUCUUUUGUCACUGGAUGAGAACCCUUUUGUUCAACCAACUAGACGUGCGUCUUUUGGGAGCCUAGAUGAAAGAGAGCCAUGUCUCCAUGCCAAAAGAAUUCUUGUAGUUGGAACUCGAUUGAGAAAAGAUUUGGAGCUCACAGCACCAGAAGGUUCUGAACAGUUAAAAUUGCAAGGUUGGCUACAGAAGGCACCUCAGCUUAAUAGAUUUAAGGUUCCAAUUGAAACUGAAAGAUUAAUCGAGAAUGAACUUGUCUUAGAGCAGUAUCUAUCACCUGCUUCACCUUUGUUAGCUGGUUUCCGUCUUGAUGCUUUUAGUGCUAUCAGACCCCGAGUUACUCAUGCUCCCACUUCUGAUGUGCUUGCCUGGGAUCCCUCAGCUGUACUACUCAUAGAAGACAGACAUAUCACACCUGCCGUGUUAUACAUUCAAGUAUCAGUACUCAAGGACACACAUAACAUGGUCACCAUUGCAGAAUAUCGAUUGCCAGAAACCAAGUCUGGAACUCCAAUGUAUUUUGAUUUCCCAAGACAAUUGCAGACUCGUAGAAUCACAUUUAGACUCAUCGGAGAUGUUGCUGCAUUUAUUGAUGACCCGACUGAGCAGGAUGAUGCCGAGUACAGAAGUUCACCCUUGGCUGCAGGGCUGUCCCUGGCAAAUAGAGUUAAGUUGUAUUACUAUGCAGAUCCUUAUGAGCUUGGGAAAUGGGCUAGCCUUUCGGCUGUCUAAAUGCAACUCACAUACAACAAACCACUUGUGUUCUAACCUUUAUUUUUCUGUUUUGAGCAAUGAUGUGUAUAGGAUGUUGAUAAAGUGGCUUUGCAGCAAUUUUUUUUUCUGCUGCCAUUCUUGUUGUAUUAAUGUAGUGUUUGUACCA